ACAGAAACGGGUUUUCCCCUAUGAACUGUCUUUAGUUACUUCAAAAUUUUAUGAUCUUCUAUAUCUACGAGGUGGAAACUCCAUGCUGUUGUUUCUAUGCAAUAAAGAUAAACCGUUUUGCGGAUUCUCCAUUUUAUUAGGAGCCGUGUUGUUUUCACUGUGACUUAUCUUAUGAUACGUAUAAUUAGAUUACCUAUCAUCAUGCUACUUAUUCUUACGAUCUCAAUAUUUUGUGUCGGAGCAGUUUUCAGUGGUACUUCUUGCCCACCAAGAGAAAGCAUCUAUCCAUGUACUUGUUUCAAUGUUCCACAAGGAAAAAAACUGUUGCACAUCAUUGUAUCAUGUCAAGGGUUGUCAAAUACAGAUUCGUUUUCAACCAUUGUUCCUUCCUUGAAGACAAUGGAGAUUGACGAAUUCUACUUGUAUGAUUCUUUCUGGGAAGCACACCGGCUUGGAGCCGAAGGAGAACGAAAACAAGUUCUACCCCUGGACUGGAUCACUUUUCUAAGGAUCAAAGAAAUGAAAAUUGUGGACACCACUUUAUCAUCUUGCUUUGCAUGCCAAUCAACUCUAACCUGCAGGAACAGCAAGAUGACGAAGUUUAUAGCUGUGAAUAGCUCUAACACAGAAAAGAUUUGUUCGUUGUGUGACACUGGAAGAGGGGAUAAAUAUUCAUGGACCAAUUGCCUUAGCAAGCUUAGCCAUUUCGAAUUCACUGGAGGGAAGCUGAGUACUUUGGGUUCUGAGCUGUUUCCGUUAGCCAUGAGGGAGCUACUUCUCUUGAAUUUGAGCAAUAAUAAAAUAUACAAAGUGGACCCAAAAGUUUUUAGAAACCUUCCGAAACUUAAAUACUUGGAUUUAUCUCACAAUAUUAUUGAAAGACUGGAUAAUCUUUUUAACACUCCAAUGGCAAGUUUGGAAUUUCUUGACGUAAGCUGGAAUAAUAUAAUGACAAUUGGCCCAAAUUUGUUUCCACUUCUGCCUGCGUUGAAAAAAUUUAAUGCUGGUUAUAAUACCAUAGUUGAUCUCAAAGAAAAGGAUUGGAAGGAGGUUCCAUGGCUUCUUAGAGAGAUUGACCUCAGAGGCAUAAGCGUGCCCUACACUGGUAUGAAGUUUCGGUUUUUUACCAUGGGAGAAUGUAACUUUGAUCAAAGUGCUGAGAUGUCCAUGCGAAGAUCUAAGUUAAGGGUUCCAAACUGGAUCAGAGUUGAUCCCCUGAGUUGGGGGUCGGCAGCUGAAUAUUCGUGGACAAUUAAUCGCUACAAUAAAGAUUCUGUUGAUUACAAGAAGAAAGAGGCCGUAUGA